AUGCAGUUCAACAUCCUCGCCCUUACCGUUGCCGCCAUGGCCUCUGUCGCAGUUGCCACUGAGACUGUCACCGUCUACGCUUGCCCAAGCUCCACUGGUCUCUCCGGCUCUUCUGCCACCGCUGGUGCUUCCUCUGGAUCUUCCUCCGGUGAAUCUUCCGGCCUCACCUCCGGCUCCAACCCAUCUGGUGUUGCUGCCCCUAGCGGUGUUGCUGCCCCAACUGCCUCCUCUGGUGUCGUUACCUCCCCAUCUGGAACCAGCUCCCCAAUUGCUUACGCUACUGGUGCUGCUGGCCACAUCCAAGUUUCCGCUUUCGGAAUGGUUGUUGCUGGUGCCGUUGCUCUUCUCAUCUAA